CAUCAACAUCAUCAUUCUCUCUUAUUCAACAUAAUUCACGAUGGCAGGCCCAGUGGACACGAGGAAACGAUCCCGCGAGGAAGAACAGAAUGAAUUUAUGCCACUAUCGAAACGAAUCAAUAAUCUGCACCUCAACAACAACCAGCACAGUAUUGUCGGAGCAGGAGGAGGAGGCGUACUACCCGAGCAGAUCGCUGCCGAUCAUCAUCACCAUCAUCAUCUGCUUGGGGCGACAGCAGCAUCUUGUGCAAUUAGUGCAAUCCAUCACAGCAAUCAUCAUCAUCAUCAUCUGCUCGGAGUGAUGGGUGGCAGUAGCUCCAGCAGUAGUAAUAGUAGCAAUAGCAAUGGCAGCAGCAAUGGUUCAUUUCGAAUUCCUGCCAACAGUGGAAGCAAUAGUCCUGCGUCGACCAUUUCGAUUAAUGGCGAACUGCUCGGCGAUUACUGUCCGGUGCUGAGCGCAGAGGAAAAUCCACAUUAUUUCACUAAAAACAAAAUUCUGUAUGAGCUGUACGUCGAGCGGAUGAGCAGACUGCAGUGAGUGUGAA